UUCUCCUUUUUCUGGUCCGCUUCUCCUUCCUCUCUCUCCGUCCUUAGCUAGUCGCCGCUCUCUUCACCUCAUGUCACUUCACAGCUUCCGAAUCCUCGACACCGAUCGAUCUUAAAGCUCCAAAUUCUUAUGCUCCACAUAUUCGAUUUUCUCACCUGAUUUUUCUAUUGAAUUUUCUCGAGAAAAUCUUCCCAAUCGAGAAUUUUCCUGGGAGAAUCGAAGGCUAGCUAGUUUGUGAGAUAAAUGACCACCUCAACGACCAGUUCUGUCUACCUCAAGGUGAUAGAGGAUGUCAUCAACAAGGUCCGCGACGAGUUUGUAAACAACGGUGGGCCUGGGGAGGGGGUCCUCAACGAGCUCCAAGGACUUUGGGAGACGAAGAUGAUGCAAGCGGGUGUUAUUUACGGUUUAUCAGAUAGGUCAUCAGCAGCCAAGCCGACCCCUGGAGGUCCUAUUACUCCAGUGCACGACCUCAACGUUCCGUAUGAGGGUACUGAGGAGUAUGAGACUCCCACAGCUGAAUUACUUUUCCCUCCAACUCCUGCUCAAACCCCUAUGCAGACAUCCUUACCUGGAAGUGAGAACAGUUCAAUGUAUAACAUUCCUACAGGGCCCAGUGAGUACUCCACUCCAGCAAAUGAUAGUGUUGGCAAUAAUGAGUUGAAAGCAGGGAGGCCCAGCCCAUACAUGCAACCUCCAUCUCCCUGGAUGAAUCAAAGGGCUCCACUUGAUGUUAAUGUUGCCUAUGUGGAAGGACGGGAUGAGGUGGAUAGAGGAGCCUCUCAUCAAUCCCCGACACAGGACUUCUUCAUGAUGUCUUCUGGAAAGCGAAAACGUGAUGAUAUCCCUACAAAAUAUCAAAAUGGUGGGUACAUACCCCAGCAAGAUGGAGCUGGAGAUGCUCUUUCUGAGUCAUCGCAGCUUGAGGUAAGUCUGGGCGACGGUUCCCUUUCUAGAUGUGAUACUGACACCACUGCGAGUAAGGAGAUCUUGGCUCAAUUGGCAAGGUCAUCUACUAAGAUACCUCAACUAGAUGGGCCCAUUCCUGAUCCUUAUGAUGAUGUGCUUUCUACUCCCAAUAUUUAUAAUUAUCAAGGAGUUGUCAAUGAAGAUUACAACAUUGUGAACACACCGGCUACGAAUGAGUUGCAGGCAGGUACUCCUGCUCCUAUUGCUCAAAAUGAUACUGGAGAUGAUGACGAGGAUGAGCCUUUGAAUGAAAAUGACGAUGAUGAAUUUGAUGAUGUGGAUCAAGGAGAGGAGCUGAACACACAACAUCUAGUUUUGGCUCAAUUUGACAAGGUAACUCGUACCAAGAGCAGGUGGAAGUGCACACUGAAGGAUGGCAUCAUGCACAUAAACAACAAGGACAUUCUCUUCAAUAAGGCAACAGGAGAAUUUGACUUCUGAUUUUGCCAAUGUCGAUUCCCGCUGCCAUCAAGUUGCAGUUACUUUUAAAGAAGGGAAUUUGGAGGUUCCAUUGGGUGUUUUGAUGUUUCUUUCAUUAUUAGUGUUAAUGUUGAGGGGAGGGGAGGAAUGGGAUGGGAUGGUUGGCCUAUUGUACAUAAAGGAAGAGCUUUUUAGCCUAUAAUUAAGUGGCGAAUUGAGGAGUUACCUGAAGUUCUAUCUUCUCUAUUGGGGAUUUGUAAUUCCGUUUAUACCAUGUACUCGGACGUUUUGGCCGAUUUAGGAAUUGCAUUGCUGUUGAUUUAUUUACUCUUUUUGGCUUUUUGCUCAACAUUAUGGUUUGGAACAAUGCCUUAUGCAUGAGGUGAACAUUUUAUGCGUAUCAUUGUCAAGCUUGAGUUGUGCCAUUUAGAAGGUGUUAAUCUAGCCUUGUUUUUGGCUU